AUGGCAAUGACGUUGGCUGCCCUAUCUCUGGCGACCAUUGCGUCCGCUACCAGCCGUCCUUCACAACAGAGCAAAAUUGACAUGAGGUUCAUCAGCGAGCUCAACUCCUUUGAGAGGCUCAAGGCCCACAACAGUGUGGCAGCCUUGGGACUUCCCGUUUCGAUUGAAUGGUCUUUCGCGAAGGUCAUUAGCUCCCUGAGAUUGCCGCUGCAGGGAGACGGUGGAGCUUUGUCUUCCACCUGCAAAGCCAUAGGCAAGAUAUUCAGGAUUGCCGCCAUUAUGAAUGGGCUUGUUCUAAUCGGAGUUGCAGUAAGCUUCAUGCUUCUGCCAAUAGAGGCAUCCCUUGAGGAAUCUAAGUGA